CUAGAUAUAUUUUGCACACCUUUUAUUUUGCCCUGUUUAAUAGAUGUAAUAAAGUGUACAUUUGUUAUUCAAUCCAUUAGUGGCAGUGUGCAUUUUCAUUUAAUAUGUGAGGAUUAGGGAUUUCAUUUUGAAAAGUCACAGACGUCCUGAUCAGUAUUUUAAUAAUGAAAUAGAUAUAUUUUGGCUAAAACAUGAUUUAGUUAUGACUUAUAUUCACUAGCGGUCAGUAUUUUAAUAAUAAAAUAGAUAUAUGUUGGCUAAAACAUGAUAUGGUUAUGAUUUAUAUUCACUAGAGGUCAGUAUUUUCAGAUGUACAUCUGCCCCACUGCUGUAAAUCACUUUUAUUGUGCUUGGAUUUUAUAAUUUAAAAAAUACUCAACUCUAAAUAUACACGUUUACGUGGUAAACUUUAAUGAUUAUAUUUGUUUUCAGAGACUUUUCUGAGCUCACAGCAGCCGUGGAAGACGACAAUAACAUUGUCACGUGACCAACCAACGCGGAAGUGACAGUCGACAUUUUUUUUGUUGAUGCGGAAGAAGAGAGGCGAGCCUUUAGUUUGUGUUGCGUAUGAAGUUUGUUUUUAUAAUGAAACAUAAGUAGCAGGCAACAACAACAACAACAGACGGGUCUAGUUUAAUCUUAAGCGACAGGCUAAAGUUUGACCGACCUAUCAGAAGCUAAAUGGCCGGAGGUAACUUACAGAAAGCUAUCGAUCUCGCCAGCAAAGCUGCAACCGAAGACAAAGCCAAAAACUACGAGGAGGCCCUCCGAUGUUACCAGAACGCAGUUCAAUACUUCCUUCAUGUUGUCAAGUACGAGGCCCAGGGUGAGCGGGCGAUGCAGAGCAUCAGAGCCAAGUGUGUGGACUACCUGGACCGAGCCGAGCAGCUGAAGGAAUAUCUGAAGAAGAAGGAGAAGGCUCCUCCGGCCAAACCCGUCAAAGAGUCUGAUGACAAAGGGGAUGAAAGUGGUGAUGGGGACGACGCAGAGAAAAAGAAGUUUGAAAAUCAGCUCUCAGGUGAACGACGCCAUCGCUGCUUUAAAUGAACACAGAGGCAGACACAGAUAGGGACGUCAUAACUCAGACAGUUAGUCGUCGAUACCAAAACCGGGGAAAUUACUUGAUGAUGCGCCUCACGUCUCUCGUCACAAACUCAGUUUUACAGGAUUAUAUUAAAACACAUCAUAAUAUAGUCAUAAUUUACCUUCGUCCAACAGUCAUUUUUACUGAACAGAGCUUGAACGCAUCACAACGUAACUCAUUGCAAUCUUCGUUAACGUUAGCUGUUAGCUCCGUUAUUUAGCCGAGCAGGACUGUGCUGCCUUGCGGCGAUAACCAGUUCUCCUCUUGCCGAUUAUCAGAAGGUCUAUCUCCGGUUCAACAGUACUACGUGACUCCACCCUCGAAAGGGUCGCAGUUUGGUUUAGACAC